AUGAAAGUUCAACGCAAUCUUUCAGGUGCUAAUGAAUGUGUUCCUCGGGAUUUUGGAGAAGAUAGCACUGUCUGCGUCUGCAAUUCCACCUAUUGCGACUCCACUCCCGAAACUUCUUUAGAAGCUGGAACUUUUCUCUGGUACGUUUCCUCUCAAGCUGGUCAAAGAAUGGACUUGACUGUAGGCCAGAUUACUGAUAAGAAGAAAGCAUCCAUCAUUCUGAGGCCAAACUCCUCAAAGAGAUAUCAGAAGCUGCAAGGAUUUGGUGGAUCCAUCACAGAUUCUGCAGGCAUCAAUAUCAGAAACCUCAGCCUAGCGGCCCAAGAAAAGCUUCUGAAGUCCUACUUCAGCAAAUCCGGUAGCAGAUACAAUUUAGUUCGCAUUCCUAUUGGUGGAAGCGAUUUUUCUACAAGAUUUUACACCUACGAUGACGUCCCUAAUGACGUUCUUCUAAAAAACUUUAGUCUUGCACAAGAAGAUAUAAACUACAAAAUUCCGCUGAUGCAAAAAGCUCUUGAUCUAAAUCCAGAGUUGAGGUUCAUGGCAGCAGCGUGGACAGCGCCUGUUUGGAUGAAAACUAACAAUAAUUACACCGGAUAUGGUUUCCUGAAAAAGAAGUACUUCCAACUAUACACCGAUUAUCUCCUUAAGUUCAUGAACGAGUAUAAAAAACAUAAUAUCAAAAUGUGGGCGAUAUCUACAGGUAAUGAACCAUUUACGAUGUAUAUUUCGAUAUUAGUUCCUUUUAAUUCAAUGGGCUGGAAGUCAGAAGAUGUUGGUACUUUCAUUGCCGAUAAUUUGGGCCCUUCUUUAACGAAGUCUCAGCACAAUGAAACGAUCAUACUGGCUUUGGACGAUCAGAAGAUUUUUCUGCCUUGGUUAGUUGAUCGGAUCUUCAAAAAAAAAGAAGCUAAGAAAUUUGUUAGUGGAAUUGCCUUUCACUAUUAUGCUGAUAUCAUCGUACCAGCUUUUGUAUUGGACCAAACCCAUCAAAAGUAUCCGGAAAAAAUUUUAAUAAUGUCGGAAGCUUGUGAAGGACCUUUUCCCUGGCAAACUGUAAAAGUUCGUUUAGGAUACUGGAGAAGAGGAGAGAAGUACGUCCUAAAAAUGUUCCAGAACUUGAAUCACUGGACAUCAGGCUGGGUCGACUGGAACUUAGCCCUAAACAAAGUAGGAGGACCCAAUUGGGUCAAUAAUUUUGUAGAUGCUUCAAUUAUCGUCAAUCCUGAGACUGAUGAAUUUUUCAAACAACCACUCUAUUAUAUUAUUCACCAUUUCAGCAGAUUUUUGCCUCGCGGAUCAGUUAGGAUCGAGCUCAAAGAAAGCUCGAUAAUAUUCCAUUCGCUGACUUCUAUAGCAUUUGAGACCCCACAUAACAAAACUGUGGUUUUGAUUUAUAAUGGGAGUGAAAGGUCGCAAAAGGUUGAUAUAAUUAACCCAAAAACUGGAAUCAUCAACUUAAAUUUACCAGAGAAAUCUCUGAAUACAAUUGUUUAUCAAUCAUAAUGAUGAGAAUUUUGAUA